CUUCUUUUGUGCUUAACUUGUUACAUUAGUUUUCUUCUUUUGAAUUUUUCAACUUUCGAGUUAUCUUAAAUUUAGAAAAUCUUUGUUUAAUCUUCUUUCAUUACUUGUGACUUUGGUGAACCCGCGAAAGUAAACGAGUAAAUAGUGUAUGCAAUAUAUAUAUAUAGAAAAAUUAUGUCAUGUUUGAUUUUUAUGCAUUGAUAGUUGGUUACUAAAACCUGAAAUUUUGGGGUAGGAAUGGAGUCUGGAAACGAGGCUCCGUUAGAUUCUGAAACCGCGGUUAUACAUGUUAAUGAAGUUGUGGAAGAUUUGAGAAAAGUUGAUGAAGAUGUUGGAUCAUCUAAGAAAGGUAAAGUGGUUAAAAGGGGGAAUAAGACGGGUGCAUUCGGUCGAACCACAAGACCAAGUUUGUCUCAAAGUUUAUCUUUCCCUGCAAAGACCCGAACCCAUGACCCAACAUCAUCCACUCGAUCAAACUCUGCGAAAAACACUUCUAGUGGAUUGAAAGCGGUUAAAGUUAAAACUACCAUGGCGGAUAAAGAAGAUGAUGGCGCGAGUUCCACUGCUUCACCAAAUGCGACCAGCGGCUCUGGAGGGCGGCGUAGGAGCAGUACUUCGGGUUUUUCGUUCAGGUUGGAUGAACGAGCCGAAAGGCGAAAACAGUUUUAUUCAAAGAUAGAGGAGAAGGUUCAUGCAAAAGAAGUAGAAAAGACUAACUUGCAAGCAAAGUCAAAGGAGAACCAGGAAGAGGAGAUAAAGAAAUUGAGGAAGAGUUUGACUUUUAAAGCUACACCACUACCAAAUUUUUACAAAGAGCCCCCUCCAAAACCUCAACUCAAAAAGAUGCCAACCACACGGCCCGUAUCACCUAAGCUGGGAAGAAACAAGAGCAAUGUGGGUAAGGUGAGCAAGUCUUCGGAAUGUAUAGAGAUUGCUCAUAGCCCACGGGCCGUUAAAGACCGAACCAUGUCCCCUAGGUCGAACCCCACGAACCAUGACAACCAUACUGCUGCUUUAAAGCAGCCGAACCGAAAAUCUUUGACUAAAACCUCAAGAGACAAAGUUACAACAGGUAAGUCAAAAGAAAAGGCUUUGAUAGCAGAAGUCAAAGAUGAGAAAGUUUGUAAUGAAGUUGAAGGUUGCUUGGAAGUCAAUGAGGUGCAGGAAAGUGGGUCCGGUUCAAGUUCGGCCAACCCGGAUACGACACAUGUGGACAUUGUUGUUGGAGGUUAAAUAUGUUAUAAAACUUGUUUUUGACAAGUUGAUGGUUCAUUGUUUUGGAGUUUGAAAGCAUAUGUGCAGUGAAUUUACUGUAAAAAAUGGAUCUGUUUGUUUAUUGAAUUUAAAGAUGUCAUUUUGAUAAAGCAAA